AUAUAAUGCCAAGGACCAUUUUACAGAGAGAGAGAGAGAGAGAGAGAGAGAGAUGAAGAAGAGUAGGAAGAGUCUGUUUGAGUGUCAGAUAGAGAAAAUGGAUUGAAAGGUACUAUUUUGCAGCUGGAGUUUUACUAUCACAGCUGCUGAACAGGAACGCAUUAACCAGUUUUUGAUUCAUCUGGUGUGUAUUUGAUCCAGUUGGGAUAGUAAAAAGGAAAUAAAAUUCUCUUCUUUCUGUUGUUGUCGAAACCUAUUUGCUUGAAAUCAAUGGUAUUCUGUUCCUUUGAAUGGUGGUCUUUGUUUGGCUAUGAGCAUCCGUUUCUAAUUUCAUUUUCAGUUGAUCUGGGUGUCUCAAUUUGGUCACUUGAAGAAUCAUUGAAGUAGGGAGUUGAGCCAACCAAAUAACUGGAGUUUUCCCCUGUCGAGAAAUUUUGUUGGAUAGGUAAAAGAAAGAGAUACUGAAUGUAAAAGCCUCAUUUAGCAUAUAAUUGGUGGUGGUGAUCCAAGUAAAGUGAUAUUCUGGCCUGGAUCAAUUCAGGACUUUACUACUGGUGCAAGGACCAGGGCUUUACCAAGCCGAAGCCAAUUGUGCUGUUGCUCUUUGUUGGAGCCAUGGCAACCCUUUUACAUUCUGAUUCCAGGCGCCUAUAUUCUUGGUGGUGGGACAGUCACAUUAGCCCCAAGAAUUCAAAAUGGCUUCAAGAAAACCUUACAGACAUGGAUGCCAAAGUGAAAUCAAUGAUCAAGCUCAUUGAAGAAGAUGCAGAUUCUUUUGCAAGAAGGGCAGAAAUGUACUACAAGAAGCGGCCAGAGCUGAUGAAACUGGUUGAAGAGUUCUACCGAGCCUAUCGUGCAUUGGCUGAGAGGUAUGACCAUGCAACCGGGGAGCUACGCCAGGCCCAUCGAACUAUGGCAGAAGCAUUCCCGAACCAGGUACCCUAUGUACUGGCUGAUGAAUCACCCUCAGGCUCUUCGUGUACUGAACCUGAAACCCAUACACCAGAAAUACCACAUCCAAUUCAUGCCUUGUUAGACCCAGAUGAGUUGCAUAAAGAUGCAUUUGGAGUAUCUUCAUCCAGCUUACAUGCUUUGAAAAGGAGUGGAGGGAUUUCAGAGGAAUCCAACUCUGGAAUGAGAAAAUGGGGUCUGAAACAGCUGAAUGAGAUGUUUAAUUCAGGAGGAGUUCCACAAAAUUUGAAGCUUGCAGAGGAAACAAGAAAAGGCCUAGAUUUCCAUGAAGCAGAAGGCAGUGGACAACAUUUCCGAGAUGGUAUAUCUCAGAUGUCAUUUGAGAACCAGAAUCUCAAGAACCAGGUCCUUUCAGAGUCUGAGCGUGCAGGAAAAGCUGAAAAUGAAGCUCAAACCUUAAAGAAGACUCUUUCUAAGAUACAAGCUGAAAAAGAAGCCAUCCUUCUUCAAUACGAAGAGAGUCAGGAGAAAUUAUCUAAUCUGGAGAGAGAACUUAGUCAUGCACAAAAAGAUGUUGGAGGACUUGAUGAACGAGCUAGCAAAGCCGAAAUUGAAAUUAAAAUAUUGAAGGAAGCCCUUGCGGCAUUGCAAGCAGAGAGGGAUGCUGGUCAUCUUCAAUACACCAAGUGUUUAGAAAAGAUAUCUAGCCUGGAGACUCUCUUAACUUGUGCUCAGGAAGAUGCAAAAGGCCACAGUGAACGAGCUGUUAAAGCAGAAAGUGAAUCUCAAAAUUUGGAGGAGGAACUUUCCAGAUUAGAGGCUGAAAAGGAAGCUGGUCUUGUUCAGUAUAAGCAAUGUCUUGAGAAAAUAUCUAUUUUGGAGUCUAAAAUUUCGCUUGCUGAGGAAAAUGCCAGAUUUCUUAAUCAACAAAUUGAAAGAGCAGAAACUGAAGUUCAAAUUCUGAAUAAAGCUCUUGAAAAACUGAAUGAAGAGAAAGAAGCCGCAGCUCUCCUGUACAAGCGGUGUUUGGAGACAAUAUCUAAGAUGGAAACUGAAAUUUCUCAUGCUCAGGAUAAUGUUGAACGAUUGAACGGUGAAGUUCUAAUGGGAGUUGCAAAAUUAAAAAGUGCUGAAGAACAGCAUGCUCAGUUAGAGAAAUCAAAUCAAUCUCUGCAAUUAGAGGCAGAUGAUCUGGUGCAAAAGAUUUCGAGGAAAGAUCAACAGCUUACAGAGAAAAAUGACGAGUUGAGGAAACUUCAGAUCCUAAUGGAGGAGGAACACUCAAGGUUUCUGCACGCUGAAGCCACUCUCCAAGCUCUCCAGAAAUUGCAUUCUCAAUCUCAAGAGGACCAGAGAGCCUUGGCAAAGGAGCUCAAGAAUGGGCUUCAAAUGUUGAAAGACUUGGAGACUAGCAAACAUGGUAUGGAGAAAGAAAUACAACUGGUUAAGGAUGAAAACAGAAACUUGUCUGAACUUAACUUUUCUUGCACUGCCAAGCUAAACAAUCUACAAGAUGAAAUCUUUAGCUUGAAGGAGAUGAAAGAGAAACUUGAACGGGAGGUUGGGCUAAAGGAGGAUGAAAGCAAUGCUCUCCAGAACGAAAUUUGUCAGCUGAAAGAUGAAAUAAAGGGCUUGAACAGGAGAUAUCAGGCCAUGAUGGAGCAAGUGGCGUCUGUUGGUUUAAAUCCUGAAUGCCUUGUGUCCUCUGUGAAGCACUUGCAGGAUGAGAACUCAAACUUGAAAGAGAUCUGCCAAAGGGACAGAGAAGAGAAGGAGGUUCUUUAUGAGAAGAUGAAGGACAUAGGUAAACUUGCAACAGAGAAUGCUAUUUUGCAAGGCUCCCUUUCGGGAUUGAAUGGUGAGUUGGAGGGGUUGCAAGCGAAAGUCAAGAAAUUGCAAGAGUCCUGCCAACUUCUCGAGGGAGAAAAAUCCAAUCUUGUUUCUGAGAAAGCUGCAUUGCUUUCACAGUUACAAGUUAUCACAGAGAAUAUGCAAAAGCUCUUGGAGAAAAACAACUUGCUGGAGACUUCCCUCUCGAUGGCAAAUGUUGAGCUUGAACAGUUGAGGUUAAAAACCAAGAGCUUAGAUGAUAUGUGCCAGUUGCUUAAUAAUGAGAAAUCAGUUCUUCUAAAUGAGAGAAGCAGCCUUGUGUCUCAGUUGGAAAAUGUUGAAGAGAGGCUGGGAAACCUGGAAGGGAGGUUCACAAAACUAGAAGAAAAAUAUUUUGAUCUGGAAAAGGAAAAAGACUCCACACUUAAUCAAGUAGAAGAACUACGAGAAUCCCUUCUUGUGGAAAGACAAGAACGUUCAAGUUAUGUGCAAAUCACUGAAGCUCGAUUAACAUGUUUGCAAAACAAUGUCAAUCUCCUGCAAGAGGAGGGUAGAUUGGGAAGGAAAGAAUUUGAAGAAGAAGUAGAUAGAGCUGUAAAUGCCCAGAUUGAGAUCUUCAUUCUGCAAAAGUUUGUAGAAGAUUUGGAGGAAAAAAAUUUAGCUUUGCUCUUUGAAUGUCGAAAGCAUGCAGAGGCAUCCAAAUUUUCUGAUAAAGUGAUUUCAGAAUUGGAGAAGGAAAAUCUUGAGCAACAGGUAGAAACAGAAUUCUUGGUAGACGAAAUCGAGAAGUUGAGGUUGGGGAUUCAGCAAGUGUUCAGGGCUCUUCAAUUUAAUCCAGUUGAUGGACAUGGAAAGGAUUUCAGAAAAGAGCAAAUGACUGUGCCAUGCAUUUUAGAUAAUAUUGAUAGCUUAAAGAGUUCUUUGUCGAAAAGCAAGGAUGGGGAGCAACAGUUGCUGGUUGAAAACUCAGUGCUUUUAACUCUGCUUGGGCAACUUGGAGUAGAGGGUGCAGAACUUGAAUUGGAAAAGCAGAUCCUUGGGCAGGAGUAUGAAAUUAUGAAGGGCCAGUAUUCUGUGCUGCAAAAUGAUAUGCAUGAGUUCCAAGAGAUGAAUAUGAGGUUGAGCUCAGAAGUGAGCAGGAGAGAGCAACAGGAGGAAGUAUUUAAGACUGAACUGGAAAGUCUGCAUACAAAGCUGGCAAAUGUGCAGAGGGCUUAUCUUGUUCUGCAAGGACAAAAUUCCAAGGUGCUUGAAGAGAAUAGAUCUUUGCUUAAGAAACUCCUUGAUCUUAAAGAAGAAAAGAACUCCCUUGAAAAGGAAAAUAAUGAUAUUCUUCAUGAAGCAGUAGCCCUUAGCACUCUCUCAUCUGUUUUAGAGAGCUUUACAAAUGAGAAAGCUAUGGAGCUUAAAGAACUUUCUGAAGAUCUCAAUAAACUCUCUGCAGAUAACACUGAUCUCACGAAGGAGAUUGGAAUGCUGGGGGAGAAGUUGGUGAUGAAAGAAGCAGAAAAUGUAAAUCUGAAUGAGUCAGUUGAGAGGUUGGACCAGGAGUUGCAUGAAUUCAAAGACUUGAAUGAUCAACUGAACUUUCAAGUUUUAACCGAAAGGGAUUUUCUAAAACAGAAGGCAACAGAACUCUCAGAAGCAGGAGAAAAGAUUAGAGCAGCCGAAGAGUUAAAUGUGGAGUUAUGCAGAACCAUUGAGGAACUGAAGCUCGAAUGUGAAGAUUUAAGACGAACCAGAGAAAUUCUCGCAAAAACAAUCCUUGAACUAUCUGAAAAUGGUGCUAGUCAGAAAAAAGAAAUUGAAAGCCUUCGUGAAGUAAAUGAAAAUUUGGAGACUGAAGUGGGCAUAUUAUGCAAAGAAAUUAAACAACACAGAAUCAGAGAAGAAAAUUUGAGUUCAGAACUGCAAGAAAGAAGCAAUGAAUUUGAACUUUGGGAUGCUGAGGCAGCAUCAUUCUAUUUUGAUCUUCAGAUUUCUGCUAUCCGUGAGGUUCUGCUUGAAAAGAAGGUACACGAGCUUAUUGGGGUCUGUGGGAGUCUUGAAGAUGAAAGAGUUGCAAAAACCACAGAGAUUGAACAGAUUAAAGCCAGAGUUAACUUCUUAGAAGGUCAAAUUAGUGGACUGAAGGCCCAGUUGUCUGCCUAUGUACCUGUUAUAGCUUCUUUGAGAGAAAAUGUAGAAUCUCUUGAGCAAAAUGCCGUUCUCAGGAACAAGCUUCUAGCAGCGGGCAAACAAGAUCAGAAGGGUCUGGAAAUGACAAUUCAUCUUGAUGAGAAGAACUGUCAACAGCUCAAGGAAGAUCACAGUACCAUGAUCCCAGAUGGACUUCUUGAUUUGCAGAAAAUACAAGCUACAAUCCAAGCGGUUGAAAAAGCAAUGGUGGAAGAAAUAGAAAGGCUUGCAAUUGAAGCAGUUGAAAAGGAAGUGGUACAAGGAAUGGAAAGACCUGCAAUGCAGGAUUAUAUAAGCACUGACAUAAAAUCAGCUCCUGAAAUUGAAGAGACUGAAGAGUUUAAAUCAAAAGGUACAUCAGUUCAAGGGGAAGGCUCUGUAAUUGAAGAGAUGAAAAUUGGUGAUGAGCUCAGUGACAAUCUCAAUCAGAAGUCAAAACCUGAAAAUGGGAUUACAAUGAAAGACAUCCCACUUGAUCAAGUUUCAGAUUGUUCAUAUUAUGGAAGAAGCAGGAGAGAGAAAAGUGGAGCUGAAGAUCAGAUGCUUGAAUUAUGGGAAACUGCAGAGAAGGAUUGUAGCAAAGAUGCACUUGUUGAUGGGACAGAAAAUCAGGCAUCCAAACCAACAGAGGUUGUUACUGCACACAAUCGGUAUAGAGGAACAAAGCAGGAAAUUCCGGAUUGUCCUUCAGAAGUACAACAUGAGAAGGAACUUAGCAUUGACAAGCAGGAGGUGCCUUUAAGUAGCUUGCGAGGUCAAGAAGGCAGCAAAGGAAAGAUCUUGGAGAGACUUGCUUCCGAUGCUCAAAAGUUGACAACUUUACAAAGAGCCUUGCUAGACUUAAAAAGGAAGCUGGAGACUAACAAGAGAAGCAAGAAGACAAAUUGCACCGAAUAUGAAACUGUCAAAAAACAGUUGCAAGAAGUAGAGGAGUCUGUUAUGCAGCUAGUAGACAUCAAUGAUCAAUUGACCAAGGAUGUCGAAGAGAGUCCGUCAUCUUUGGAUGGUAAGUCGUCUGAAGAGUUUGACGAGGCCAGAGAGGUUUGCAGAAAUAGAGCAACAGAACAGGCAAGGAAAGGAUCAGAGAAGAUUGGAAGAUUGCAAUUUGAGUUGCAGAACAUCCAAUAUAUUCUACUAAAACUGGAGGAUGAAAAUAGAAACAAGGGAAAAGGUAAAUUUUCAGAAAGUAGAACCGGUGUCCUCCUACGGGACUUCAUCUACAGUGGUGGAAGAAUUCAUCGUAGGCGAAAGAAAUCUUGCUUUUGUGGGUGUAAAAGACCCAUGACCAAUGAAGACUGAGAUGAGCAGUUAAGAGGAAAGCAUACAUUUGUUGGCUAUAUGCUUUCAUUCCUUGAAAGGUUCCUAGUGUUCAAGGCUUCAUUUCUCAGCUAGAUAAUGGAGAGAACCCAUCGUCUUUAUUAGCUGUAGAUGAUCUGUAUGAAUUAGGUCUGAUCUAAUCAUAAUAAGCUGCUUCCUUGAGCCUUUUUAUGUCUAUUAAUUUCUAUAAAAACUAUAACCAUAUAUUACUGGACAAAUUCAGGCAGCAAAUUCUUUUUUC